ACAAAUAUAAGAUUUUGUGAGAAAUUGUACGAAAACGAGCGAUCGAGCGAAUGCGUGUGAAUAUGGAGCGUUGUGAAAAUUCUUCAAAUUAAUAAAUAAAUUGUACGAAAAACGCGAACAAUUUUAUAUAUAUGUAUUAUAAAUAACGUGCGAAGUGUGUGUAUUAUUUCAAAAGUUGUAAGCCGAAAGCUUUUGUAUAUGCGGUGGUGUAAUUUUUUUAGAAUUUCUAAUUGUGCUGUCAGCUGCAAGGUGUAGCGACACGGUUGAAGAAAAACUCGCUGUCGGUUGCCUAUAGCAUAUACGUGCAGGAAACUCGUCCGUGGUCAUUCUCAAGGAGAAAGAGCAAAUCCAGCAAUGUGAAAUUCCAACAUAUAUAAAACAAAUAUAAUUUUAUAGUUUUAUAUCUUAAGAAUCGCUGCCAAUUCAUAACGUUUAAGUGCAUAGUUAAACAAUGGGAGGCGUAGACGUGAAUUACAACAGUUGGAAAAUUCAAUAAGCGAAAGAAAAAAUAAUAAUGAAAAUUGGAAGUGCAUCAUUUGCCAUGUUUCGCAAGGGCAAUGUGCGGCAAUGGCAAAUUGCUUGAAGUGCAAUGUGUAGUUGGAAACGAAAAUAGUGGAAAGUGUAGAAUAAAAAAAAAGCUGAAUUGAAAUACAAAAUAAAAGCUUUACAUAUAUAAUACACAAAAAGUCAGGCAAAAAAGUAAAACAAAAGUCGACAACCAGCAAUUGACCAACGAGAAUUGUUAAAUAGCCGUGCGGUGCGCGUCGGACAUCAAAGUGGUAUGCAUAAUAUUGCUAACGGCGGGAUGAAGUGCAAUCCGGUUUAGUAGAAAAAAAUGUGUGUAAAUAAAAAAUACACAAAAUUUUGUAAUACUAAAAGUGUACAAUAAUAAACGUCUUUUAUAAAAAAAAAUUAAAUACAAUACGAAUAUCAUUUGUUCUGCCGAGAAAUAGAAUAAAAAGUGUAUAUGCUGAUCUUCCUAAUAGAAAAAUUUUCUCCCUUAUAUGAACUCAUCUACCAUUUCUCUGUCAUAAUUUAAGCACGAUUAAAACAAAUCACAUUGGAAAGCGCACUUUUAUCUCGGUUAAUGUAAAGAAAGUGUUUUUAUUAGUGUAUAUUCAUACAGCUACUUUGCGCUUCCAACUUUUCUACUGCAACAAUUGCCGCUUUACUUAAUUACAACAGCUGUUACCUCAUAUCUAUUUUAUAAUUUCAACGUUUGUCUGUGCAAACAAAAUCCAUUGUACUCAGAUAAAACGGGCGAAAAUAAAUAAUUAUAUUAGUUUAGUAACAGAAAUGCCCAAAUGCGACAUGAAGACUCGCUACAUUCCUGCUACAUUUGCCUGGAUUCUACUGUUAUCCACGACGUUCCUCUUCUUUUUCUAUCCCUGCCAAUACUAUUUGAAAAGCCAUCCAUGGGUACCGGCAUAUCAGGGUGUCAUUACAUUUUUCGUUUUGGCCAAUUUCUCAUUAGCGACAUUCAUGGACCCCGGUGUCAUACCAAAAGCAUCGCCAGAUGAGGACCGUGAGGAGGAAUUUCGUGCACCGCUUUAUAAAAAUGCCGAAAUCAAUGGCAUCACCGUCAAGAUGAAAUGGUGUGUGACUUGUAAAUUCUAUCGUCCGCCACGUUGUUCACAUUGUUCCGUAUGCAAUCAUUGCAUAGAGACAUUCGAUCAUCAUUGCCCAUGGGUGAACAAUUGCAUUGGACGUCGCAAUUAUCGUUUCUUCUUCUUCUUUUUGGUUUCACUGUCCAUACACAUGCUGAGCAUAUUCUCAAUAUGCUUAUUUUAUAUAUUGAAGAUAACGCCAAACAUCAGGGACACAUCGCCCAUAGUAGCUAUGGUGUUGAUGGCUAUAGUUAUAAUCCUAGCGAUUCCGAUAUUCGGUCUUACCGGCUUUCAUAUGGUGCUCGUAUCACGUGGGCGCACAACAAACGAACAGGUCACCGGCAAAUUCAAAGGUGGUUACAAUCCAUUCUCACGUGGCUGCUGGCAUAAUUGCUGCUACACACAGUGUGGACCACAAUAUCCAAGUCUUCUUAAGCCAGAAAAGUAUGCCGCACGUCGCUCACACAAGGAUGGUCAGGGUAUUAGUGUUAUCACCACCGAACGGCGCACGAAUCAACAGGGCAGCAGCAUGCGGGGCAACAACACACCCGGCAAUGUGCCGCGUUCACCACGCGAAACGCUGAAAAACUAUUACGAUAGGGACAAUCGACACACUCAGGUAAAGACUUAUACGGACCAGGGCAAUGGUUAUAAUCAACGGUCGGGCAGCACAACGCUUUAUAGUAAGCUGUCGCCCGGACGUGAGUGUUCCGACACCGAUAUGGAGCCGCAAGCAUCACAGAGCCAAGAUUGUGAGCCCACACCGCCACUGCAACGACACAAUUCGACAAAUUUCUACCUGCCCCAAGUGGAGGCAGGCGUAAGCAAUUUAAAUAACGGCGGCAUAGCGACCGGUGCGGGCAUGUUGCCCAACAACGGCGCCAGCGGCGGUGGUGGUGGUGGCGGUGGAGAUUCACCACGCCACAUGCGCAUGUAUCAUCCGCGACACAGUCCAUUAGCGCGUCAGCGCGGCUUGGAGCCACAACGCGGCUAUAAUCCCGCCGAUCCAUUGUCGCCCGAUCAUCCCGCUCAUCCGGGCAAUCAGUGUGUACAGCAGCAACAGCAACGCAGUGGGACAACUGCCACGCCCACAAUGCAGCAACGAAUAAAACCGUUGGGAGUGGCGACACCGCUUGUGAUGGCAAGUCCAGUUAGAAGAUCCAAUCCUGGCACGCCCACCCAACCAAGACGACCCGAUUUCAUUGGUCUAAAUACGCAGCAGCAGCAACAACAACAGCAGCCGCCACAGACCUAUUACGAGUAUACGACCGGCUUACCGCCGCAACAUCCACAACCGCCUACGAUUCAACAGCAGCAACAGAUGCUGCUGCAACAACAACAACGUGCCAUGAUGCAACAGCAUCAACAACAACAACAGCAGCAGCAGCAACAGCAACAACAAGUUCCGCUAACCCACCACCAGCAACAGGUGUUGGCCUCGCAGACUUACGGCGGAAGCCCACAACGCCGCUUCCUCUCCGAAGGUGAACUGGUGCGCCAGGGCGCGAACGAGCUCUCGUAUGCGCGCUCCAACAACACCGUGGACAAUAUACGCGAAUUGGCCGGCAGUCCACAGCGCGGCGUCUACAUGUGGAAGGAUACAUCGCCCGGUUUCAGCAGCAGUAGCGGCAGCGCCACAGGCGCCGGCAUGCCACCCUCAUCCAUGGGCAUCGGCAGCAGCGCUGGCGGCACAAUGGGCAAUAGCAUACAUCACGCACAGUACAUCACAGUGGGCGGCGGCAGCGGGCAGUCACAUCCUUUGAUAAUGACGCAUUCGCGCAUGCAUCAGCCGGGUGAAUAUGUGCCAGCUUCACAGCAACAGCAACAACAACAGCAGCAACAGCAAUAUCGCUCCAACCCAACCAGCCCUACAACCAUGCCGGCCACAUCGUCAUCAACCAACGCGCCAACUUAUAUGAUGCGUUACGGUGUCGGUAAUGCCGUGGCCUCGCAGCCGAACAAUUACGUGCAUACAUCACAGGCGUUAACGAAUUCGACCGUCGGUGGCGGUUAUCAGCCGCAAUUGCGCGGUGGCGUCGCCGUCUUUCCACCCAACCCGAGUGGGCCGGGGGGUAUUGGCGUCGGUGUUGGUGGUGGCGCCGGCAUCGUCACCCAACUGCAGACACAGCCAUCGCCGCAAGUGAAGCGGAAACAAACACCGACACGUCCCAUGUCAUUUGUGCGCGCCCUGGAAAUGACCGAUUCGAUGGAAAUGCAAACGCUCGAGCAGCAACAACAACAGCAGCAACAGGGACGUGGCAAUAUACCACCCUCAGCCGUUGGCGGACCGGGUGCGCAGCAUUUGGUGGGCGGCGCACGCACCACCACGCCCACACCGGAACGCGCGAGCGUCUACGAUAUGAAUUACGAGAUUUCCGUAUAACCCGUGGUUGUGCCGGUUGUCGUGCCACCCGCCUCGGUGACCAACUCGGCAACGGCUGCAGCGUAUGCGCGCAAAAAGGGCGCAAGCGUUGUGGCGAGCGCCGCUGAGCCAUCGGCGUACGCAUCAGUGCCAGUUAUGGCGGCGAAUACGCCCAACAGGCGCAAGUUCUCCACAUUCUUCUAGAAUUCCACUAGAGUGUGGUGUGUUGAACACGGCGCGCUGUGUGCGGGCCCUUUUGCCAGCCAGCAAGCUAAUAUUUAUAGUAAUAUAGUAAUAGAGCACAUUAUAGUUAUUUUUUUUCUUAACGUAUUUCGUUUUCGUUUUACCACUCGUAUAUCCCGAACCAAUUUUAAUACUGAGUCAUUUAGAUGUAUUAUAUUUCUCUAAAAACACACAAACACACUUACAUACACACACAAACACACUCUGCUAUCAAACGCAACUAAACGCUAAAACCAGUUCCGUAUCGCCAAAUGUAAAUAUGUAUACAACCUAAGAUACACCUCCUAUGAUUACUACAUACAUAUAUACAUAUACAUAUACAUAUGCGUAUAUACUAUAAUUUAUGAGUAUAGUUGUAUAGUUGUAGCGAUCUAUAAAUCAUACAUUAAUCACACAUAUAAGUCAUUCGCCAUUGAAAAGGAACUGUAUGGGAAAUUCUCGUUCAAUGUUUAAUUGUAAAAGUUUUAAAAUAUUUAUGAAUUGUUAAACCGCUUUUAAAAAUAUUUAUUGAAAAUUACACACACACACACACAGACAUAUGCAUGCAUAUACUUACAUGUGUAAUCAUGCAAUUUACAUUAAAUAUGAUUUAAUUAAUUGUUGCCGUAACAACAACAACUGCAACGUAUGUAAUAUUGCUGCUGCAACAACAAAAGCAAUACCAAACAGUUGUGCGCAAUAGAGUUUAUACUUCUUUGAUGUGGUCGUCAGUGGAAAAGUGGCGCUGUGGCAAGCUCAAUGAUGGUGUUUACUUGUAUUUCAUUGGUUAAAGUAAAAUAUUUGUAAAAAAUUAUGAAAAUUUCAAAAUUUAAAAAAAAUGAUGAACAGUUGGAAACUUUCUUAACUCAAAUCAACAUAAUCCACAAAAUCUAACUUCGAGUUAUGGAAGGUAAUUUGUAUGAGAUUUACUUCUAUUGCCAUUUCAAGAGUUCGAGUUAUGGAGAACUUCGAGCUAUGGAAGUUCAACUGUAUUUUAAAUUUUCGUGUCCAUAAAAAAUAUUUUAACGAUUUUGCAUUAAUAUCAUUGAUUAUUCUAUUAGGCUACAUUUUCAAAACGCGUGAUAAGGUUUUAAUAUAAAAAAUUUAAUUUUUAAAUUAAAAUUAAUUAUUCACCUCAUUUUAAAGAAAUCUGAAUAUAAAAAUUUUUGAGAAUGAAAGUUUAGAUAUUUUAAAAUUUAAAAAAAAAAAAUCAAAUAAAUCACUAUAAAAGUUUUAACUGGUUUCAAAAUUAUAUAAAAGUGUAUUUAAUAUUCAAAAAUUCUAAAUCAGAGUCCGAAAUUUAGAGAUCAAAAGCUCAAAAGCUCAAAAAUUAAAAAUUUUAUUUAAAAAAUAAUAAUUUUUAAAGCCUCAAUAUAUAUAUACAUAUUUCAGUGAAUUAAAAAAAUGCAAUGCAUUCUACAAAACUUUGUAAAAAAUAACCUAUUUUCAAAAUUAACAAGCGCACCCAUAAAUGGUCAAAUCAUUAGAAACAAAAAAUUAUUCAAAAUUUCAAGUAUUCAAACUCUGGAAAAAUGCUGUGCAUGUAUCAAACUAAAAACACAAUAAUUUGCCAUAAAAAGUAUUACACCACCACAUACCACACUAUUACACACAUCAAAGGAAUUUAAACUUAUAGUUAAGGGGUUAGGUGAGUUUCAAAAUUUCAAAAUUUGAAAAUCAAAAAGUUUGUCUUAUUAAAUAGUGCAUUAAUCAAAAAUAUCAAAUCAAUCCGCGUAAUAUUCUAAGAAAUAUACUCGUUGGAAGUGCCGCCCAUCAGGCGACGUCAGUGGAAUUGUAAAACUUUAAACGCAUUUAUCUCAAAACUCAAUUUUUCAAGUCAGUGGACACGAUAACUCUAAAAGUUAUGCAAAGAUUUGGUUCAAAUUUGGAUCAUUAACUAGAUAAUAGUUAAUGAACGCAGGAUUUUUUUAUAUAUGAAUUACAAUUAUUUUUUUUGAGCCAAUAUAUGCCAAAAAUUUGACCAAAAAAGUGAGUUUUUUGCUUAAAAUUCUGUCAAAAAUUCAAAUUUCAUUUCAUUAUAUUUUUUCCUUCCUUUAUUAGCUAGAUUUAUCCAUGUGCAAUCGAUAAUAUUUUUGGUUUAUUGAUUUUAGUUGAACCAAUCAUGAGCUAUGAUGUCCACCGCAAGAACUUUUUUUUUGGACACGUCAUGGGAAAUGAGAUGCCAAUGGCUGAGUUUUCGGGAUUUUUAAAUCAAAAUAUCACAAAAUACCGUUCAAACAUGUAGCUUUGAUACGCUGAAUUGUUUAAAUGAAAUAUUAUAUACGAUUGCAUAUAUGUAUUUAAAAAAAAAAAAAUUAAAUACCCCUGUUUUUAGCCUCUAAAACCCACCUAAACCCUUAACACUGUUUUGUUUAAACCUAUGAUUUGUUGCAAAGUGUAAUUUAUUUAUUUAUAAACUACAAAUUACCACAUGUACAACAUGCUCAGCAUAUAUGUAUGUCUAUAUUUUCGACAACAACAAUAACUGCAAAGUAUACAAAAACUCCCUUAGUCCAUCCCAGUGAGGGUAAACAUCAUUUCACAAUGGUGAUAUUGCCUUUCACGUUGUUAUUUGCCGGCCAUUUAGUAUACAGUACACAACAGCGGCAGUAGUACGGUUGAGAAGGCUUACUGAUUAUAUACAUAUAUAUUAUUAAAACGGGGGUGAAAGUGCGCGUAAAAAAUAAUCAAUAAAAAAUAUUGAAAAUAAAUUAAAAAAAAAAUAAAAUUGAAAAUAGUAAAAACCACGAGCGUUUAAGUGAAAAUUAAAGUUUGCAUUCACCUUAGUUACAUCAUAUUGAUGUUGAAAUUUAAAUGAAGCAUGAAUAGGGAUUGCAUACUUUUCUUUUGUACAUAAAUAUGUAUAAUUAUUGGAAAACUCGUUUCAAUUUUUUCUUGUUUUUUUUUUUUCAAUUUAUAUCUUCUUGGCUUAACACUUUGUCCAUAAGCGGUAUAGUUGCGGCCGGUUUGUGUGGCUAUAAAAUUCCAUUGUGAACAUUUUAAAUAUCAAAAUUCGUUUCACAAAAUUAUAAAUUUAUAUAUAUAUUUUUUUGAAUUAAUGAAUUUUUUUGGCAACAGAUUGCUGUUGAGUUGUUUGAAGCAAAAAAAAAAUUUCAUUUAAAUUUUCUAUAAAAUUUUUUUUUUUUUUCAACUGCGCUAAUUUCGGUUAAAUCAAAAUGAAAAUCAUGCGAGUUGCGCUAAGAACUGAUAUAUGUAUCUUCUAUUGUGUAUAGUAUGUAUUAUGCUGUUCGAGAGAAAUUAAAAACGAAACAAAACCACUACUAAAACAAUUAAACACAAUCCAAACUCAACUACACACGCCAUCUAAUACUACUCCAAAUUUCGAUACUAAAUAAUAUAUAUGUAAGCAAAAGAAAAGAAAAAAAAAUCAUUAAAACGCAAUAAAAUGUUAGUAAAACUGUAAAAAUAAUCAUAUUCUUACUAUUAGAAAUUCUUCUCAACUAACUAGUGGCAUUUACAUAAUAAGCUAAAGCUAACAAUUAAACAUUAGAAAAUGGCGAGAAGAACUGUAAGCACCUUAAAGAUAAAGUUGUCGAAAACAAAAAUAAAUUUAAAAAAAUAAUUAAAUUUAAAAUCAAUUUAGUUUAUAAUUUAUUAAUGUAAUUAAUAAAAAAAAAAAAAAAAUAAACUAAUACAUAGCUAAGUACUACAUUAAGAAUAUAAAAACAAAAAAAAAAAAUGUAUAUGAAUUGUAGCGUUUAAGUAAUUAUAUUCUUGUAUGUAUAAAUAGUGUACGCCCAUAAAUAUGCAUAAUUACGCGCUAAAAACAAAGUAAUGAAGAAUAAAUGCAAAAACCAGUUUGAAGUGGAAAUUCAAAAAACAGAAAAUGUACAAACAUCAUUACAUCAAAGCAUUUGGCCAGCGGUAUACGCUACUGCUGUGCAAGCAGGCAGCGGAAAUGAUUUGUCCAGGAAUUUUUAGUGAUGGCAUAGCAAAUUGAUAUUAACACGAUUUGUGUAAUGAGUUUUUU